CAGCUCAAACUUAAAGAAGAGGAGAAAAAAAAAAUAGAAACAGAAGAGAACACAGAGCAAUGGCUCAGCAAUUGACAGGCCUCAUACGGUGCACUCCACUCUCUUCUUACGGCGUCACUAAAUCCAAACCACUCUUCUCCUCAAAUUCUCCGUCCAGAAAUAAACGGCGUUUCGUCGUAUCAGCAGUUGCAAUUUCAAAUGCGCAGACAAGAGAGAGAGAGAAGCUUAAACAGCUUUUCGAAGAUGCUUACGAACGGUGUCGCACUGCUCCUAUGGAAUCCGUUGGUUUUUCCGUUGAGGAUUUUCACUCCGCUAUUGAAAAGUAUGACUUCAAUUCUGAAAUUGGUACCAAGGUUAAGGGCACAGUUUUUAUGACUGAUUCCAAUGGCGCAUCAGUUGACAUUACUGCAAAAUCUUCUGCGUUUUUGCCCGUCCAAGAAGCAUGUAUUCAUAAGAUAAAACACGUGGAAGAAGUUGGUAUAGUUCCUGGAAUGAUUGAGGAGUUUGUAAUUAUUGGUGAAAAUGAAUCUGAUGAUAGCUUAAUUUUGAGCUUAAGGACAAUCCAAUUUGACCUUUCUUGGGAAAGGUGCAGGCAGCUUCAAGCUGAGGAUGUUAUUGUGAAGGGUAAGGUUAUUGGUGCAAACAAAGGUGGAGUGGUUGCUUUAUUGGAGGGUGGCCUUCGUGGAUUUGUCCCUUUCUCUCAAAUAUCAUCGAAAACAACUGCAGAAGAACUUCUUGAAAAGGAACUUCCUCUUAAGUUUGUUGACGUUGACGAGGAACAGUCCAGGCUUGUACUCAGUAACCGGAAGGCCAUGGCGGACAGUCAAGCACAACUAGGUAUCGGAUCAGUAGUCAUUGGAACUGUGCAGAGCCUAAAACCUUAUGGUGCCUUCAUUGAUAUUGGUGGAAUCAAUGGUCUGCUUCAUGUCAGUCAGAUUAGUCAUGACCGUGUCUCUGACAUUGCAACAGUACUUCAACCUGGUGAUACUCUCAAGGUCAUGAUACUGAGCCAUGACCGUGAGAGAGGUAGAGUGAGUCUUUCAACCAAAAAGCUAGAACCUACUCCUGGUGAUAUGAUUCGCAAUCCCAAGCUUGUUUUUGAGAAGGCUGAAGAGAUGGCUCAGACUUUCAGACAGAGAAUUGCUCAAGCAGAAGCUAUGGCUCGUGCCGAUAUGCUGAGAUUUCAGCCUGAGAGUGGAUUAACUCUGAGCUCUGAGGGGAUCUUGGGUCCAUUAACUUCAGACAUGCCAGCAGAGGGUUUAGAUUUGAGUGACAUUCCCCCAGCAGUCGAAGACUGAUGAUUCAACUGCAAAUACUGUUCGUCCUGCUCUAUUCCGGACCUUUGAUUUCGUUCAAGUGGAAGUAAUGUUGUACAAAUGUGCUUUAUUCAGACUGGGUUAGGAAGUUACCAUUGUCCUGUUAUGGAUAUUUUUAUGUACAUGAGAAACCAGAGAUAUAGUGCAGUAAAGCACCCACGCACCUCAUCUUUUAAACAUGCUUUAUCUAGUGAUACCCUUGCAAGUUGAGUUUCAUUAAUUACAAUUCAUUUUUUGUUUCC